GUUCAGAUUUCUUUUUGUUUACUAAGAAGAGCUUCUUUGAAUUUUCUUUCGGAUCUUUAUGCUCCCUCUUGCACAGAUUUGGGUAAUCAGACAAGAAGGAUUAAAAAAUGGCAUCCCUUACACCAGGAGUACUACUAAAGCUCCUUCAGAGCAUGAACUCCAAUGUAAAGGUUCGCGGAGACUACCGGUCAGUCCUUUUGCAAGUGAUCAGCAUUGUGCCCGCCAUAACUGGCUCAGAACUGUGGCCUGACCAUGGUUUCUUCCUUAAAGUCUCUGAUUCCUCUCACUCAACCUACCUCUCCCUUUCAAAGGAAGACAAUGAGCUUAUAUUGAACAAUAAGUUGCAGCUUGGCCAAUUCUUCUACGUUGAUAGGGUGGAGGCAGGAAGGCCAGUUCCUAUUCUUGUUGGGGUCAGACCGGUCCUGGGGCGACACGCUUUUGUGGGGAACCCCAAGGAUUUGAUGCAGAUAUUGGAGCCAUCAGAGAGCCCAGUUCAGGCUGAUCAUCAUGAAGGAAACAAUGGUUCAAAAACGAAGGAGUUAAUGGAAGUGAAAGAGGAAAACAGCAGACAAAAGAUUGUCAUCAAAGAGGAAAAGUCGGUUGUUGCAUCUAGGUACAUGCAAGGUGUUACCACAUCCAAUUCAAAAGCAAGUGGGCAAGACAGUAAUGGAUCAGUUGGGAAGAGCAAUGACAAUGAGAAUGGUGUUAAAAGGACUGGCUUCAUGAAAGGAAAGCAACAUGAGCUUAAUGGUCAGGCACGCCCAGUGACUCCUUCCAGGAAUCGACCUGAUCACGCACUCUCAUCAAGGCCAGAGUUCUCAGUAUCUAGCACCAAGGAUACUGUUUUGCCUUCUAAGAGCACUCCUGCAAAACGUAUGUCAAGCAAGCAGGAAAAUUUGAACUUGAACUUAUCAUCAAACAACAAAGAAAGAAAUAGUUUGCCGGAGGCACUUCUCUGGUCUUCUUUGCCUCCUAACCUUCUAAAGCCCGGAAAGGGAAUGCUUAGAAGGAGGAACUUAGCUUCUUCGGUUGCAACAGAAGCUCAGAAAGAGGCUUCCAGAGCUGCAAAUCUUGUCAAGUGUCUCAGUAUGUUUGCUGAUCUUUGCUCAUCUGCUUCACCGGAGAAUCCCCACCUCUCUUUUACUACAUUCUUCAAACUUGACCAGAUCAUUGAUCAACCAAACGAGACCAGUCCCUUGAAGAAUAAAUCACUUCCUUUAACUACAAUCUCUUCUCCUCCAAAUGUUGAAAAACCCAUCAAGAAGACAGGUUCAGAUCAUAGUAAAAUUAUACCGAGGUUGGGAAAGACGCAUGUGGAGUUAAGUGGAGGAGAGAAACUAGAAUGGGCUAAAGGGGAUGGUGCAAAAGAGAUCAAAGAACUGAGAGAACUUCUCUUGAAUGAAACAAGAUCAUGGUUUCUAAAGUUCUUGGAAGCAGCUUUGGAUGUUGGCUUUCGCCUGAAUGGCCAGGAGAAGAAAGGUAAGAACAGCACAGGACGGCGAACUGAGCCUGACAACCACAUUGCCAUCACAUUAUCACAGCUUAAGAAUGCAAAUGAGUGGUUGGAAAAACUUAAAAGCAACUCAAGCUUCGAGAAUGAUGAGUUAUCAGAGACUAUUGAUCGGUUGAAGCAAAAAGUAUAUUCUUGUUUGCUUGUUCAUGUGGAGUCUGCUGCAUCCGCCCUUGAGAACAGAUCUUGAUCGCGGUUGACUGAGCUGCAUGGAAUGGUUUUUUGGAACUUUUCUUUUUCUUCUGAUAUUUAUGAAUAAAUUAUCCCACUUAAGGCGAUUCUAAUUACUUAUAAAGCCUGAUUUGAGCUUGACAUACUUAUCUAAUACGUUCAACAAGUAUAACUUAUUUGUGUAAUGAUCGCGUGUAUAAUAACAAUAAAGUUGAUGUAAGGUCCAUAUCAAUGUAACUGCUGAGAUUUUAUACUGCGUUCCUUGUCUGUUCCCCGCAGCAAUGUAAUAACACAGAUUUUAUACUGCGUUCCUUGUCUGUUCCCCGCAGCAAUGUAAUAACACAGAUUUUAUACUGCGUUCCUUGUCUGUUCCCCGCAGCAAUGUAAUAACACAGAUUUUAUACUGCGUUCCUUGUCUGUUCCCCGCAGCAAUGUAAUAACACA